AUAUAGCCGCGAAUCCGAGCCUCAGUCCGAAUCCGAAUCCGAAUCGGAGCUCCGAGCUCCCAGCUCCCAUGGCUCCCAGCUCUUGGACGCCAACGUUGGCGGCGCUUGAUCAGUUGCGGUUUUUACUUUCAUCGGUUCGGUUGUCGUCGUGGUCUAGCCCAAAACCAAAACCAAAGACCAAAAUAGAAAAAACAGUCUCGCACAAAACUCUAAAGACCUGUCCAGAAGGAAAAAACACACAUUUCGGUUGGCUUCUCUUUGCAUUGGCUUGGUUUUGCUUGGAUUGGCUUGGCUUGGCUUGCCUUGGAUUGUCUUGCACAUAUGUUUGUCCAUCCAAUUGCCACUUGGAUUUUGUGAUUUUUGUUGUUUGUUUGUUUGUGGGGAAACAAUUGAAUUGCACAGAGCCGCCCACCGAAAAAAGAGUGUGUCUGCGUGCGGCGAGGGAGGGGCCCAGGCGACCCUUACCUUUCACUUUCUGCACGAAGUGCACAUUCUAGUGGACAUACUUCUCCCAAAUCUGGGUGCCCAAGUGGGAGAACUCUCCCUAGGAGUGUGCAAUAGUUAAACAAGCGAGAGCAAAUUGCAUAAUUUGGUGCCAAGAGCCAGUGGGCAGUGGCGAUGAUCAUCGGCACUCCAUCUUGGCGAAUUGAUACGCGGAAGUUAUAUAAGCAAUGAUACCAAUAACCUCCCGACGCGUCGACGCUUUUCCAGCUUGGCCACGACCACGACUGCUGGUGGUCACAACACGUUUAACAAGUUUUUCUCUUUCGGUUUUUGAGUUUUCAGGAAAUUUUGCAAUUUUCCCCUAGCUGCCAGCUUUUUCCUUGCACACAGCCUGCAUAGAAACAAAUCAAAGCCGAAAUCGCCUCGUAAACAAGUGGGAUACAACGCCAGACCAAGAUUAGCCAAGUCCAAAGCUCCUUCAAGUCUCCCAAACUCGAUUUCAAAACCCUUGAAGCCCUUAUCACGAUGCACCAGCUUCCCUUCUAGCCAGCACGCCCAUGAGCCAGGUGGCCCAGCACCCGAGAUUGCGACAAUGACAGCGGAGGAGCACAAGGAACUAGUCAACUGUGCGCACCACUGCGUCCCGCGGGAAAACCAGCAGAACACCUAAGACGAUGCUGGCCAGCGAUUAGCCGAGCAUUGCACCAGAGAUUCCGAACACAGGUCCACAAUCAGCGACCACCAGACUCCGCGAGUCCCAGUGAACAGUGGCCAGGUGGAGCGCAGUGGGCAGUCAGGAAGAGCAGCAUCCACUGGCGAAUAUGCCAAGCCCAAGAACUGCCUUAGUGGCGCUUCUACUGCUCGUCUCCAGUUGCCGCGGCAGCGCCUCGAAUGGGAAUGGGACACAAAAACAGCAGGCGGAGGCCCUGACGGGACAUCGGUUUUCGAGCAACAUCACCAUCCUGCACGAAGUGGUUGAGGAGUCCGAGACCGAGACCGAAGCACCCCUGAUUUUGAACACGCACGAGAUUCUGCCGCUCAAGCCGCUGAAAAAGAAGGCCUAUCUGCCGCUGGAGAAGAUCCUGCCGAGCAUUGAGUACGUGAAGCCGCCGCAUCCGCUCAAGGACUAUGAACUGCACCCGGUGACCUUUGACUUCAACCUGGGCGACCUGGAGGACCUGGAGCACGAGGUGAUCAAGAAGGGUGACCUCAGCAGCCAGGAGCAGCAUGUCCUGGCCUCGGACACCAGCUACAGUCCCUCCAAUCCCGACGAGAACGACACCGUGGACGUGGAGCUGUCCACCGAGCCCACAACGGCCACCUUGCCGGGCACAACCACCACGACCACGACGGCUGGAACCCCGGUGACCACCACCACCACCACCUCCGGCACCCACAUCCUGAAGAUCCUGCGCAGCAAGCCGCAGAUGGCUGGGCCCAAGCUGGGACGCGACCUGCUCAAGCAGAGUGGCGACGAUGAGCUGCAGGUGAAGACCCUGGGCAGCACCAUCAACAGCAUCAAUCGCUACCUGGGGGCCAAUGCCAAUGGCUCGGGCAACGGCAGCAUGGCCGAGAGCCUCUACGGCCAGGCCAACUACUUCCAGCUGGUGGCCAACCUCUACGACCACUUCUACUGGCAGAUAUCCGAGAUCCGGACGAGUGUGCGCACGGGCUGUGGCCUAGAGAUGCAGGCCUAUCUGACGGCCUUGCACUCGAGCUACGAGUGGGCGCAGAAGGCUUAUGACUCCUCUGGACGCUAUCGGGGCCAGCUGCUCUUUGGCAACGACAAGUGGCUGGGCCAGCUGUCCUUUUGCUAUGAGCUCAAUCGCCAGAGUUCCAGUGGGGAAAGGAAGCACUUCGACAUGGAGUUCUAUGUGGCGGAUGUGGCUCUUCACCUGCCCCGGCUGAAUCGAUCGAUGCUGUUGAGCCUGGGCGAGUGCCUGCCCAAGUCCUGCUCCGCCCACGAUGUCCAGGCCAUCUUGUCCCUGGACCCAUACGCUCGCAUGCUCACCGUCCUGGGGGCACACAAUACCUCGGUGCAGCAACCUCCGCUCCAGGUUCUGCACGUCCGCACUGUGCCCGGUCUCUACAGCCACUGGCGACAGCUCAAGUUCCAGGUCUUCAUAAGCUUUAUGCUCACACUGUUCCUGGUGAUCCUGGUGGCCUCCUACUACCAGCUGAAGAUCGACGAGCGCCGCUUGGUGGUGGCCCCGAUUGCGGCCAUCAGUGGCAAAUGCGAUGGAACCUCGGCGAAGAACGGCGGCUUCUAUGCCAAGCCCUUCGAGCUCUUUCAAAUGCGUCCCUUGGGCAGCGCCAGUCCUGCAACGGAUGGUCCCGAAACGGAUGUCAAUGGGAACAGACAGCGGUCGGGGACGGACUCCACCGACAUGGCAGACGGUGUGAACGGGGUAGCUGGUGACCCCAACACCUCCGCGGCGAUGGGUUCGAUGGCGGCCAAGUCGGAAAUGACCGACUACCAGGUGGAAACCGGCAGCUGUGCCGGAGCCACGGGCACCUACGAGGCAGAGCAGCCCAUAGCCCUGCACCAGCAAAUACUCCUGUGCUUCGCCCUGCAAACCAAUGCCAAGGCCAUCCUGAACAUUGACAAGACCAAGGAGACCCACACCUCCUGUCUGCACGGACUGCGGGUCUUCUCUGUGCUGUGGACCAUGAUGGUGCACACCUAUCUGCAGAUGUUCGCCAUUGGCGAAAACAAGUUCGAGAGGGUCAUCACGGAGCGCUCCUUCUGGUAUCAGGUGAUUGGCAACGCCACCUUCUCGGUGGACUCGUUCUUCUUCAUCAGCGGCCUGCUGGUGACCCUGCUCUACCUCAAGCAGGACCGCAAGCACCCCGCCGAGCCCUGCCUCUUCGUCAAGCGCAGCUGCUCGGAGACCCUGAUGAUGCUGCUCUAUCGCUAUCUGCGCCUCACCCCAGUGUACCUCUUCGUGGUCAUCUUCAACGACUUUGCCGUAAGACAAGGCCUGGAGACCUCCGUGUUUCAGCCGGCCAAGAUCGAGCACAACACCUGCCGCGUCUACUGGUGGCGCAAUAUCCUGUACAUAAACAACUACUUCCCCCAGAAUGAGAUGUGCAUGAUGUGGAGCUGGUAUAUGGCCAACGAAAUGCAGUUCUAUGUGAUGGCUGCCCUGCUCUUGGCCCUGGCCAGAAAGUACUUCAGGGCCGUGGCUGUCACCCUAAUCGUGUUUCUGCUCAGCUCGUGGAGCAUCUCUGGCAUUAUCUCCCUGCAGCACCAGUACACCCACAAGGUGGCCCUGCCCUUCGAGUCCUUCGACUUCCUCUACGACAAGCCCUGGCAGCGGGUGGGCUCUUACAUAGUGGGAAUGUGUGCCGGCUACGUGUUGUACAAGGUGAAGACUCCGCCGCUAGUCUCCAGACGCUUGAACCUGUCCCUUUGGGCCGGCAGCCUGUUCGUGCUCCUCGUCGUGGUCUUCGGCGUCUGGGAGGGCCAGCUGAGCACCGUCAGCAGCGCCUUCUACGUGGGCGUGGCCCACACCGCCUUCGGGUGCGGCCUGGUCUGGAUCGUGCUCUCCUGCUGCUGGGGCCUGGCGCCCACCGUGAACGCUAUCCUGUCGUACCGCGUCCUGUGGCCCCUGUCGCGCCUCACGUACUGCGCCUACCUGAUCCACCCCAUCAUCAUGUUCAUCUGCUCCUCGCACAUGAGCGGCACCGUCCACCUGAGCAAUCCCCUCAUCCUGACCCUGUUCCUGGGCAACGCCGUCGUGUCCUUCGGCUCGGCCUUCGUCAUAUCCGCCUUCUUCGAGGCGCCCGUCAUCCGAAUACUCAAGAUCUGCUUCAAGAAGUAA